CGUGUCUUCUAGGUGAUCUGUGCGCGGUGUGAGCCGGGCGGGGCCCACACGUUCCACAGGAGGUGCCUUUGACGGACUGACGGAGGUUCAACGGAGCGUCGAGAAUCGUCCAGGAGUCAAGUUCUGUCCAAGUUUAGCUGGUACGACCUGGUGCUUCCUGUCCCUUCUGCACCUCCUCUCAUUGUGCAUGAGCACACCUGAGCCUCAUGCGGAUGUGAGCACCACUCGCUCCCCCUCUGUUUGCCGCCCUCUCCAUCCCUGCCCUGUUGUGUUCCCUGGCCUGGUUAGCCCUGUGAGGCUCUCGAAAAAGUAAACAAUAAUGUGUGAUAACGGAGACCCUGAGGAUAAACCUCCAGCCCCUCCAGUCAGAAUGAGCAGCACCAUCUUCAGCACCAGCUCUGGCAAAGACUCCCUUUCAGCAAACCACAGCUCUAAACCACUGCCUUCUGUGCCUGAAGAAAGGAAACCUCGUAACAAGAUCAUCUCAAUCUUCUCUGGGGCUGAAAAGGGUGCCCGAAAGAAAGACAAAGAUAAAGAGCGACCAGAGAUCUCACCCCCUUCAGAUUUUGAACACACCAUACACGUUGGGUUUGAUGCUGUCACAGGGGAGUUCACUGGUAUGCCAGAGCAAUGGGCUCGAUUACUCCAGACCUCAAACAUCACCAAGUCAGAGCAGAAGAAAAACCCUCAGGCUGUGCUAGACGUUCUUAAGUUCUAUGACUCCACGGGCAACGGUCGCCAGAAGUACCUCAGCUUCUCAUCCUCUGAAAAAGACACAUUCACCACAGGACCGCCGUCUCCUGUUAAAAAAGGCAGUGAACCUUCAUCUCCAAAUAUCAAAGACAUUGAUGAUGAUGACGAUGAUGAAACUCCUCCUCCUGUUGUGGCACCACGACCAGAAUACACCAAGAGUGUGUAUACUCGCUCUGUCAUUGACCCAAUCCCUGCACCAAGCACUUGUCCGGAUGGAGAUUCUGCCUCCAAGGCAGCAGACAGACAGAAGAAGAAGAACAAGAUGUCUGAUGAGGAGAUAAUGGACAAACUGAGAACCAUCGUCAGCAUUGGAGAUCCCAAGAAGAAGUAUACCAGAUAUGAAAAAAUUGGGCAGGGGGCGUCAGGAACAGUAUUCACAGCAAUUGAUGUUGCCACAGGACAGGAGGUUGCCAUUAAACAGAUUAACCUACAAAAGCAGCCGAAGAAGGAGCUAAUCAUCAAUGAGAUUCUAGUGAUGAAGGAGAUGAAGAACCCCAACAUCGUCAACUUUGUAGACAGUUUCCUUCUGGGGGAGGAGCUGUUUGUGGUGAUGGAGUACCUGGCUGGUGGUUCGCUGACAGAUGUGGUUACAGAGACCUGUAUGGACGAGGCCCAGAUAGCAGCAGUCUGUCGAGAGUGUUUACAAGCAUUGGAAUUCCUACAUGCGAACCAAGUCAUCCACAGAGACAUCAAAAGUGACAAUGUGUUACUUGGCAUGGACGGCUCCGUCAAAUUAACCGAUUUCGGCUUCUGUGCCCAGAUCACUCCCGAGCAGAGCAAACGCAGCACCAUGGUUGGGACGCCUUACUGGAUGGCUCCUGAGGUGGUGACCCGGAAGGCUUAUGGGCCUAAAGUAGACAUUUGGUCACUGGGUAUUAUGGCCAUUGAGAUGGUCGAAGGAGAGCCUCCCUACCUGAAUGAGAACCCACUUCGAGCGUUAUACCUGAUCGCCACGAACGGCACACCCGAGCUUCAGAAUCCCGAGAAGCUGUCACCAGUUUUCAGAGAUUUCCUCAACCGGUGCCUGGAAAUGGAUGUCGAGAAAAGAGGAGGAGGCAAAGAGCUGCUGCAGCAUCCGUUCCUGAAGCUGGCGAAGCCUCUGUCCAGCCUCACGCCUCUCAUCCUGGCAGCCAAGGAGGCCAUGAAGGGCAAUCAUUAGCUGAUGAAACUAGCUCCCAUGCCUUCCCAUGCUGUGCACAGAUAUGUGCCAACCAUUUAGAAUUCGUGCCAGACAAUAGGCUGAGAUUGACUUGCCGCUCUUGAUGCACCAGCCUUACAAGCCCUGACAAACCUCACUGUGAAGAAGACCAAAAAUAUAGAGCACAACCCCACCGCUGUCCAUAUGAACUCUACUCUCACUCAGACGUCAGAAGACAAGUCAAACUUAAGUGCUUAGUUUCAGAGUCAGUAGUAGUUGUUUUUGUACAACAGAUCACCUGGUGACAUGUUAGGGCUAGGCUUGUAUUUAACUUGGAAUGAAGAAGACGCCUAGUUCAGUUUAGUUUUUGAAUCAACUGCCUUAAACUAAUGCAAAAUGUUGCCUAAUGUAUUGUUGAUUGUGUCAGUGUCUCUUUUCCCGUGAUUUUUACUACCUUUGUAAUUUACCUUUUCAGCUUGUCGGUGUCUUAGUUUUUUUGAUACUUGAAUUUCAUAUGUGUCCCUUUCUUCCGUACUGGGUCUCAUUCAAAGAACACACUUGCUAUUUCCACAUCGACCCGUGUUUUAUGGACAUUUUCUCUCAUCAAUUUUAUAGGAAACAUUUCAGUGCAUUUGCAUCAUGAAUAUUUGUCGUGUUUGUGUUGAUAAGACUGAUAGACCUUCUGUACCAGUACCCUGUAUCAUUAGACUCCUGUUAUCAGAGGUGCACCUUACAGGCAAAUAAAAUUGUUAGAUUGACAGGGUUUAUACUUUUUUCUCUCUUGUUAUUAAAAAUGAGUAUUGUAUGUGAAAUCUGUCCUUUGUGUUCUUCUGGACUAAACAAAUUGCUUUCUCCAUGUGUAUAUUGUGUACUUAAUAAUUACUUUGACAAAAAAACGAUUGGCCUUAUUCUGAUUAGUUGUCGAAGGCAGGUAAAGGCCAUUUGUUGUCUUUUUGUCAUCUGAAUGACUAACAUCUUUGUCUGUGCACUCAAAAUAAAUGCAUCUGUUCUUGC